UAUAAUAUAAUUAUUUUACAUUUUAGUUGCAUGUGCCGAAUUCAGAUGGGGAUGAAAUCUGUUUGGACUUUGUUGGGCCAACAAUGCAAGAAUAUUCUAAUGAAAAAGAUGAUGUUGAUACUUUGGAGUGUAAUGUACAAGAUAACAUAACUGCUAAUAAGAUAUUUAGAGAACUUAAAAGUGUAGGAACACAAGUAGCAAUUGGAAAUAUAAAAACUUCAUUUCUAUCAUUCAUUGAUACAGUGAAAAAACUGAACACCAUGACUGGCAUUUGUUCUUUCGAAAUUUUAAAUGAGAUAAUAGGCUUACAUAAGACACAUUUUCCAGAUAAAAGACAACAUACAUUAUGUCUUAAAGAACGCAUUGUUAUGGUAUUUGUGAAAUUCAAGCAAGGUUUAUCUUUUGCAAUUUUGAGUAUUUUAUUCAAUGAUUUUUCUGCAGAAAGUUGUAGACUAACUUAUAAUUCUUUGAUUCCUCAACUGGCAUAUAUAUUUAAAUCAUUGAUCUAUUGGCCUUCUAGGCAAGAAAUUUUAAGUAAUACACCCUAUUGUUUUGAACAGUUUACUGAUGUACGGGUUGUAUUAGACUGUACAGAAAUAUCAGUACAAAGACCCAAAUGUUUGACUUGCCGUAUAAAGUGCUAUAGUAACUACAAAUCUACUUUUACAUUAAAAUUUUUGAUAGGAAUUUCUCCAGGUGGUCUUAUAACAUAUAUCAGUAAGCCAUAUGGUGGUAGGGCUUCUGAUAAAGCCAUAUUUGAGCAAAGUAAUCUUAUUGAAUUAAUGCAAAAGCCUGAUGCUGUUAUGGUUGACAAAGGUUUUUUGAUUGAUGAUAUUUGUAAAAAAAAAAAUAUAACUCUAAUAAGACCACCUUUCCUUAAAAAUCAAAGGCAAUUUUCUAAGGAAGAUGCUUUGUUGUCUAAAAAUAUUGCUAAAGCUAGAGUUCACAUUGAAAGAAUUAAUCAGCGAAUAAAAACUUUUAAUAUCUUUUGUCAUACCUUUCCAUGGGCUCAUGUACAUUUAGCUUCAGACAUAAUGACAAUAAUAGGUGGUUUAUGCAAUUUAAGCCAACCAAUAUUUUCAUAAGACAAAUUUAUUUCCUAAACAAUUUGAUA